AGCAAAUAGACUGAAAAAUCAUACUUUUUAAAUAUAAACAGUUCUGAUUAGCUCCAUAACAGUUUGUCUGUUCUGAAUGUGCUGCUGCUCAGCUCACUCAAAUAAUUUUUUUUUGGUACAGUGAUUUUUUUAAUUCAAAGACCAUUUUACAUUUACACCCUGCCAUAAAUUUAAGUCAUCGCGGGAUCAACCAGCUCCGGCUUCCCGCAUGCACGAUUAUGCUGUCUGGACGCAGAGAGAUUAACCACAUCUCCUGCCCUACUUGCAGCUGGGAGAGAACUGGGUCUGCUGCGCGAGGACUACCCCGCCUGUGAGUGCUUUGGGAUGGGGUGGAGCCUUCGGAAGCGGCGGCAGCUGCUCGUUGAGAAGAGUAAACGACACGCGCUUUCACCUCAAAGUCUCCAAAAGUCUCCAACAACGCCAGAAAAAAUCGCUAGAUUUGUCGCUAGUCGCUUUUUUAAAAAUAAGUCGCCAAGGGGGUCUGAAAAGUCGCGAACCCUAGUGACAAAGUAGCCAAGUUUGCAACACUGGUUAAGUAUAAGGGAAGUGAAACUGCUGGUUACUGUUUGCGCAACAGUUUGUGAUUGGUGAUGAAAUGUCUCCUCCCAUUUUUGUGAAAUUUAGUGCUGCGACACAACAAAAUGAACUGAAAGUGAAAGCUGAAUAUUUGUUAGCGACGUAAGGAAUCUCAAUUGAGUCCCAAUGAGCUCGUCUGGAGAGCAGGAUUGUGGAAGCAGUCCAGCAGAGGAAACUCAGUCUGAACUAACUAAACAGAAGAGAUCAGAUUCACCCACAUCAUCACAUCUGUCACUGAAGAGUGAAGAAUCACUACUUCAACCAAUAUACUUCAGCAAUGAACCACAGAGAGACAUUGACAGAACUAAACAGAAGAGAUCAGAUUCACCCACAUCAUCACAUCUGUCUCUGAAUAGUGAAGAAUCACUACUUCAACCAAUAUACUUCAGCAAUGAACCACAGAGAGACAUAGACAGAACUAAACAGAAGAGAUCAGAUUCACCCACAUCAUCACAUCUGUCUCUGAAGAGUGAAGAAUCACUACUUCAACCAAUAUACUUCAGCAAUGAACCACAGAGAGACAUAGACAGAACUAAACAGAAGAGAUCAGAUACACCCACAUCAUCACAUCUUUCACUGAAGAGUGAAGAAUCACUACUUCAACCAAUAUACUUCAGCAAUGAACCACAGAGAGACAUAGACAGAACUAAACAGAAGAGUUCAGAUUCACCCACAUCAUCACAUCUGUCUCUGAAGAGUGAGGAAUCGCUACUUCGACCAAUAUACUUCAGCAAUGAACCACAGAGAGACAUAGACAGAACUAAACAGAAGAGAUCAGAUUCACCCACAUCAUCACAUCUGUCUCUGAAGAGUGAGGAAUCACUACUUAAUAUACGACCAAUAUACUUCAGUAAUGAACCACAGAGAGACAUAGACAGAACUAAACGGAAGAGAUCAGAUUCACCCACAUCAUCACAUCUGUCUCUGAAGAGUGAGGAAUCACUACUUCAACCAAUAUACUUCAGCAUUGAACCACAGAGAGACAUAGACAGAACUAAACAGAAGAGAUCAGAUUCACCCACAUCAUCACAUCUGUCUCUGAAGAGUGAGGAAUCACUACUUCGACCAAUACACUUCAGCAAUGAAACACAGAGAGACAUUGACAGUGAGUUGGAAGCAUCACCUGAGCACAUGGAGUCUGCACCUGCUGGAGGCUUGCGUUUGCAGCACAGAUGUAACAUCUGUGCUGAGAAAAGACACUGUGGCCACAGCAAAGGCUAUGGUUUGUUAUCAAAUGUACCAGACAGUCAGUCUCUGCUUCUUCGUGUUGUGGGGAACAUGGGGCCAAAGGACUUCAAAACCUUCAAAAAAGACCUAAGUGAGCAAUACCCAGAAUGCUUAGGGAGUCAGGCAGAGGAGCUUAAUGUCUCUGAUGUUGCUGAGAAAAUAGUGGAGUACUUUGGUGGAGAGGGUGCAUGGAGGGUCACAUAUUACUUUUUGGAUAACGCAAAUCCUCUACAAAAGAUCACUGAGGCCAUUAAAGCAAACCUGAAACAGAAGUGUCAACAGAUAAAUGAAGGAAAUUCAUCUUAUGCUAAACAAAGUUUGCUGAAUGAGAUCUACACAGAUCUUUACAUUACAGAGGGUUCAAGUGGACAGAUAAAUAAUGAACAUGAGGUGUUGAGGAAUGAGGUGAUUUCACAGAGAAGAACCAAUCCAGAAACUUCAUGGGCAUGUAAUGACAUCUUCAAGACUCUGCCAGGACAAAAUAAAGAAAUCCGAACAGUGCUGACAAUGGGGAUUGUUGGAAUUGGCAAAAGUGUUUCAGUGCAGAAGUUCAUUUUAGACUGGACAGAUGGAAAAGCAAACCAAGACAUCAAAAUUAUCAUCCAUCUACAAUUUCGGAACCUAAACCGGAGAAAGAGCAACUGUAGUCUUCUACAACUGAUUCAUCAAUAUGCUCCAGAAUUAAAAGAAGCAAAUAUUUUGGAUUUGAAAGCUCUUUUUAUUCUUGAUGGUUUAGAUGUCUGUCAGUAUCCACUUGAUUUUAUUAACAAUGAUCACUGCUCUGAUAUAAAUGAGGAAACCUCUGUUGAUGUCCUGCUUACAAACCUCAUCAUGGGGAAUCUGCUUCCUUCUGCUCUUCUCUGGAUAACCACAAGACCAUCAUCAGCCAGUCGGAUCCCACCUGAAUGUGUCCAUCGAGUUACAGAGAUUCGUGGAUUUAAUGACCAUCAGAAGGAAGAAUACUUUAGAAAGAAAACUAGUGACCAGAAACGGGCGAAUGAAAUCAUUACUCACAUCAAAUCAUGUCGAAGCCUCUACAUUAUGUGCCACAUGCCAAUAUUCUGCUGGAUUUCAGCCAAUGUGCUAGAAAACAUGUUGAGUAAUGGAAACUCUCACGAAAAACCCAAAACUCUGACAGAGAUGUUCACUCAUUUUCUGCUCAUUCAGAUCAGUCUCAAGUAUAAGAAGUUUAAUGGAACCAAUAUAGAAGACCCAAAGAAACUCUCUGAGUCAGAUAAAACAUUGAUUCUGAAACUGGGAGAACUGGCUUACCAGCAGCUGAAGAAGAACAGCAAUACAUUCACUGAAGAUGAUCUGAUAAACUGUGACAUUGAUGUCAAUAACGUCUCUCAGUACUCAAUGUGCACAGUGAUUUUCAAAGAGGAGAUGGGAUUGUACAGGGAAAAGAGCUACAGCUUUGUGCAUCUAAUCCUUCAGGAGUAUCUUGCAGCAGUAUAUGCUCACUUUGCAUGUGUGAAUGAUGGUAAAAAUGUUCUUGCCAAAUAUAAGCUCAAGUCAAAACUUACAAAUUUACAACGGAGUGCAGUGGACAAAGCUUUAAAAAGUGAGAAUGGACACCUGGACCUCUUCUUGCGUUUUCUUCUGGGUCUUUCAGUUGACCCUAACCAAACUCUUCUGCAAGAUCUUAGGAAAGGCGGAUUAACUGAACCUUGCACAAAUGAAAUCAUGAUAGACUAUAUAAAGGAUAAGAUCAAACAGGAAUCAUCAUCAGAGAGAAUCAUCAAUCUCUUUCAUUGUUUAAAUGAACUGAAUGACAACUCUCUUGUGAAAACAAGUCAGUCUGCCAUGAAAUCAGGCACACUGUUUAGUAAUGAGCUGGACCCAGAACAGUGGUCUGCACUGGCUUAUGUCUUACUGACAUCAGGAGAGGAGUUAGAGGAGAUUGACAUGAAGAAGUUUCGCACAUCAACAUCAAACCAACUAAGACUGCUACCAGUUCUCGAGAUCUGCAAAUUAGCCAGGUUGGAUUGCUGUAAUCUCUCAUUUGAUUCCUGUAAGAGACUGGCCUCAGCUUUAACAAUAGUGAACUCACCCUUGAGAGAACUGAUUCUAAACAACAAUAAACUUGAAAAGUCUGGAGUCAGUGCUCUCUUGUCUGGACUGAACAGUACACACUGUCAACUACAAAAGUUGGGGCUUGCUGGCUGUAAUUUCCCUUCAGAAUCCUGCAAAGAUUUUGUCAUGGCUUUCAAAUCAACAAACUCCUCUCUGAGAGAAUUGAAUCUAAGCUACAAUAAAAUAGGUGAUAAAGGAAUGAAUGAUCUCUGUGAUGGACUAAUGAGUCCAAAUUGUAGACUUCAGAUACUAAAGUUAAAGCGUUGUGGUCUUACAGAGUCUUGCUGUAAGAAACUAGCAUCAGUUGUGAAAUCAUCACAUCUGAUUUAUUUACAACUGAAAUGCAAUGACCUGCAGGAUUCAGGUGUGGAAAAGCUCUCAACUGGACUGAAAGAUCCACAAUGUAGAACAGACAGACUGGGAUUGUCAGGUUGUAUGAUCACAGAAAUGAGCUGCAGGUCUCUGGCCUUGGCUCUGGACUCAAACCCUGAUCAUCUGAGAGAGCUUGAUCUGAGCUACAACCAUCCUGGAGACUCUGGGGUUGAACUGCUCACCACUAAACAACAUAAUCCAAACUAUAAACUGGAGAAACUGCAUCUUGAGAAUGGUGGAGAGUGUCGGAUGAAACCAGGUCUGCUGAAAUAUGCCUGUCAGCUCACAGUGGAUCCUAACUUAAUACACAAACGUCUGUCACUGUCUGAAGAUAAUCUGCAAGUAUCAGAAAGUAGAGUUGAACAGUCGUAUCCUGAUCAUCCCAACAGAUACAGACUUUAUCCACAGGCUUUGUGCAGAGAGCCUAUAAGGGGGCGCUGUUACUUUCAAAUGGAGUGUGUUGGUGGAGUUGUAGUGGGUGUGGCCUAUAAGAGUUCUGAUCGAACACAGACAAUAAUGGGAGUUAAUAACAAGUUCCCUAGUCUUCACUGUAUGAAUGGUAAACUGAAACUAUGGCAAAAUAAUGAGGUUACAUGUAAAUUCCCUGUCGACGCUAAAUCCACCAAAAUAGCAGUUUAUGUGGACCGGGAAGCUGGAAGUUUGACAUAUUACAGCAUUCGUAACAACUCACUCAUUCACCUGCACACACACCACACAACAUUCAUUGAUGAUUUAUAUGCAGGGUUUUUUCUUCUCCCUGAUUCCUCAGUGACUCUGUGGAAGACACCAAACAAAGACAUUUAUACAGGAAACUUUAGUGUCCUACAUCUGAUUCAUCAAUAUGCUCCAGAAUUAAAAGAAGCAAAUCUUCCAGAAUUGAAAGCUCUUUUCAUUCUUGAUGGUUUAGACGUCUGUCAGUAUCCACUUGAUUUUCAUAACAAUGAUCACUGCUCUGACAUAAAUGAGGAAACCUCUGUUGAUGUUCUGCUUACAAACCUCAUCAAGGGGAAUCUGCUUCCUUCUGCUCUUCUCUGGAUAACCACAAGACCAUCAUCAGCCAGUCGGAUCCCUCCUGAAUUUGUCCAUCGAGUUACAGAGAUUUGUGGAUUUAAUGACCAUCAGAAGGAAGAAUACUUCAGAAAGAAAAUCAGUGACCAGAAACAGGCAAAUGAAAUCAUUACUCACAUCAAAACAUGCCGAAGCCUCUACAUUAUGUGCCACAUGCCGAUAUUCUGCUGGAUUUCAGCCAAUGUGCUAGAAAACAUGUUGAGUAAUGGAAACUCUCACAAAAAACCCAAAACUCUGACAGAGAUGUUCACUAACUUCCUGUUGAUUCAGAUCAGUCUCAAGUAUAAGAAGUUCAAUGGAACCAAUAAAGAAGACCCAAAGAAACUCUCUGAAUCUGAUAAAACAUUGAUUCUGAAACUGGGAGAACUGGCUUACCAGCAGCUGAAGAAGAACAGCAAUACAUUCACUGAAGAUGAUCUGAUAAACUGUGACAUUGAUGUCAAUAAAGUCUCUCAGUACUCAAUGUGCACAGUGAUUUUCAAAGAGGAGCAGGGAUUGUACAGGGAAAAGAGCUACAGUUUUGUGCAUCUGAUCCUUCAGGAGUAUCUUGCAGCAGUAUAUGCUCACUUUGCAUGGAUGAAUGAUGGUAAAAUGUUCUUAACCCUAGACUCAACAAAUCUUACAAAUGUACAACAAAGUGCAGUGAACAAAGCUUUAAAAAGUGAAAAUGGACACCUGGACCUCUUCUUGCGUUUCCUUCUGGGUCUUUCAGUUGACCCUAACCAAACUCUUCUGCAAGAUCUUAGGAAAGGUGGUUUAACUGAAUCCUGCACAAAUGAAAUCAUGAUAGACUAUAUAAAGGAGAAGAUCAAACAGGAAUCAUUACCAGAAAGAAUCAUCAAUUUGUUUCAUUGUUUAAAUGAACUGAAUGACAACUCUCUUGUGAAAACAAUUAAGUCUGCAAUGAAAUCAGGAACACUGUUAGGUAAUGAGCUGGACCCAUAACAGUGGUCUGCACUGGCUUAUGUCUUACUGACAUCAGGAGAGGAGUUAGAUGAGUUUGACAUGAAGAAGUUUCGCACAUCAACAGCAAACCAACUAAGAUUGCUACCAGUUCUCAAGAUCUGCAAAAUAGCCAGGUUGGAUUGCUGUAAUCUCUCAUUUGAUUCCUGUAAGAGACUGGCCUCAGCUUUAACAAUAGUGAACUCACCCUUGAGAGAACUGAUUCUGAACAACAAUAAACUUGGAAAGUCUGGAGUCAAUGCCCUCUUGUCUGGACUAAACAGUGCACACUGUCAACUACAAAAGUUAAGGCUGGCUGGCUGUAAUUUCCCUUCAGAAUCCUGCAAAGAUUUUGCCAUGGCUCUCAAGUCAACAAACUCCUCUCUGAGAGAACUGAAUCUAAGCUACAAUGAGAUAGGUGAUAAAGGAAUGAAUGAUCUCUGUGAUGGACUAUUGAGUCCAAAUUGUAGACUUCAGAUACUAAAGUUAAAGCGCUGUGGUCUCACAGAGUCUUGCUGUGAGAAACUAGCAUCAGUUCUGAAAUCAUCAUAUUUGAUUGAUUUACAACUGAAAUGCAAUGACCUGCAGGAUUCAGGUGUGGAAAAGCUCUCAACUGGAUUGAAAGAUCCACAAUGUAGAAUAGACAGACUGGGAUUGUCAGGUUGUAUGAUCACAGAAGUAGGCUGCAGGUCUGUGGCUUUGGCUCUGAGUUCAAACCCUGAUCAUCUGAGAGAGCUUGAUCUUAGCUACAACCAUCCUGGAGACUAUGGGAUUGAACUCCUCACAGCUAAACAACAGGAUUCAAAGUAUAAACUGGAGAAACUGCAUCUUGAGAAUGGUGGAGAGUGUCCGAUGAAACCAGGUCUGCUGAAAUAUGCCUGUCAGCUCACAGUGGAUCCUAACUUAAUACACAAGCGUCUGUCACUGUCUGAAGAUAAUCUGAAAGUGUCAGAAAGUAGAGUUGAACAGCCGUAUCCUUAUCAUCCCAACAGAUACACACUUUAUCCACAGGCUUUGUGCAGAGAGCCUAUAAGGGGGCGCUGUUACUUUCAAAUGGAGUGUGUUGGUGGAGUUGCAGUGGGUGUGGCCUAUAAGAGUUCUGAUCGAACACAGACAAUAAUGGGAGUUAAUAACAAGUUCCCUGCUCUUCACUGUCUGAAUGGUAAACUGAAACUAUGGCAAAAUAAUGAGAUUACAUGUAAAUUCCCUGUCAAUGCUAAAUCCACCAAAAUAGCAGUUUAUGUGGACUGGGAAGCUGGAAGUUUGACAUAUUACAGCAUGCUUAACAACAAACUCUUUCACCUGCACACACACCACACAACAUUCACUGAUGAUUUAUAUGCAGGGUUUUUUCUUCUCCCUGAUUCCUCAGUGACUCUGUGGAAGACAACAUUAACUGAGUGAAGCUGGGUUGCAGAGGCUAUACGUGUUUUGUAUAAGUAUUAGAUGUACUGUUGAUGUGAAACAAGUUAUUUUGUAUGUGAGAAGCUUGGUCAAAAUUGUUCAGAAUUGUAAAAAGUUUCAUAAAUUUACAUUUCAGGAAAUCCAUAUGUCGUUUUUAGUUCUUUAUAGAGAAAUUUAAUGGAAUUAAGGAGACAUAUGAUUAUUUACAAUUCAUAUUUGAAACAUUUUAGUUCUAAGGUUUUUGUAAAGUAAACAGUUAUAUAGCAGUAAAUGUUUGUAAUCACUGAAAAUAUCUGAAAUCAUUCUAUAAUCUUUAUGUUCACGUCCCAUCGUGGUAAUACUGGAUGAAUACCAAAUGGCUAGAAAAGACUCUCAGACAAUACUGUGUGUAUGUGCAGGCGGGGAUGGAAGGAAGAACCCAGCAACCAUUAUCCCAUAUUCUCCUAAAAACUGUUCCAGGCCAAAAACAUUUGGGGAUAGAUUUAGUGCUAUAGCGACACCCCUGCUCAUAUAAGUCAUAUUUUACUGUAA